AUGGCUGGACCUGGAAACAAAAAGAGAAAACAGAUUGAGGGUCGUCUACAAAAACCCUCAAAGAAGCAAAAGAGAAAGCAAUUGCGAGAAUACAACAGUGAUUCUGAAUCCGAAGAGGCGCAAGAGUUUGAUGCUGUCAACCUGCUCGAUUCCGACGAUGAUAUUCACAAUGUCCAGGUGGACGACGUUGGCGGUUCUGACCAUGAAGUUUCCAGCUCUGAUGGUCAGGGCCCUGCCCUAAAGAAGCCUAUCAAGAAGACAAAACAAAACAACAAGACACAGAAGGCCAAGGACAACAAGCCAGAAGCUGAGUCCGAGGAGGAGGAGGAGGAAGAGGAAGAAGAUGACGAUGAUGGCUCAGAUGACGACGACGAAGACGAUGACGGCGAGCCCUCUGGCAAGCGCAAGAAAUCCAAGCGAAACGACCCCAAUGCUUUCGCGACGUCGCUCUCCAAGAUUCUCAACACCAAGCUAUCAACUUCCAAACGAUCAGAUCCCGUCCUCGCCCGAAGUGCCGCAGCACACGAAGCCUCCAAGGCAGCCGUCGACAGCGCUCUAGAGUCCAAGGCCAGGAAACAGCUCCGUGAAGCCAAGAAGCGAGCAUUCGAGAAGGGCCGAGUAAAGGAUGUCCUUAUCGCAACCACAGUCGACAAUACCGGAGAGCUCGAGACAUCUACAUCCGAGAUCAUGGUGACGGAGAGGAGGCUACGCAAGGUCGCCCAGCGCGGUGUUGUCAAGCUGUUUAACGCCGUCCGCGCUGCGCAGGUCAAGGCUGUUGAGGCCGAGAAGGGUACAAGAAAGGAGGGUGUCAUCGGUAUGAAGAAGCGUGAGGAGAAGGUCAACGAGAUGAGCAAGAAGGGAUUCCUGGAGUUGAUUGCCUCAGGAGGUGGCGGGUUGAAAAAGGGAGCGCUCGAGGAGGCUUAA